UGAAGUUUAAGUGGGAAAUGGGUAACGAAUUCAGAGAAAACGGGUACCAAACUCAUGGUGACUCGGAAGGCCCAGCCAAGACGCACGCAGACAAUCUCAUUCUACCUUUGUCUACUGAUCAAUGUUUCUCAAAAAAAGGCGAACAAAUGGCGGAUGGAAUAACUGCCAGAAGCACAAAUGAUGUCAUAAAGGAAAAAUUUUCAGAAUUUGGAUUAAGUUGUUCACAUUCACGCGAUGCAUGCUCUUCUUGCUCCGCCAAUGAAGUCAUGAGCUCUCUCGAGAGCCAUAAUUGCGUUAAGCAAGAGCCGUCUCAUUCGUAUGAAGGUAAUCAUGGCUACAUGUCACCCUCCUUGGAACCAAUCCCUGAAAAUCAAGUCUGGUCCACACAUGUAGAUGGUCCUCGGCCUUCGGAAAAUAAUGAUGCUCAGGAUGGAUUUCCUGCCAUGCAAUACUACGCUGAUGAGAACUUUAAGGACAAGAAAGAUAAUCCAAGUGAAUCUGAUCUUACACCAUUUCAUGCUGCCGCAAAUAAAUUUUGCUGUGAUGCUGCAAACAAUUUGAAUGCUUCAGAAAAUUUUCAGGACCCCUCUUCAUUGUCGCAGUUUGACACAGAGAAAUCAAAGGCAGAAGAUUGUCUUCGUGAAGUAACAACACUACACCACGAUGGAAGUAAAACGAAAUCUUUUGACUCUCCAUCUUGGGACAAAGUUAGUUUCCUGAAUGUCAAUUUAAAUUUGAAUCAGCCGAAUUUGAAAAUCAGCGUACCAAACUUUCCUGCAUUGGAUCAUUUGGGGUCGUUCCACUGGAAGUCACCGAAUGACAAACCUGGAAUGCCGUCAAGAAUUGCGACUCACAACGAAGUCUCCAGCAGAUGUCAGUCAUGUCACUGUAAUGCAGAUGCGGGAGAUGACAUUGAAAAAGAAAAACUCAAAACUGGCGGAAUAAUUUAUGAAUCAAACAUUAAAGUUGCACCAAAAUACAAGCCACACCCGGACGUCGACCGAGGAUAUGCCUGGGUUGUUGCUGUUGGAGUCCUCAUUUCGUUUGGUAUUUUGUCAGGUUUGCUGUUCACUUGUUCGUUAUAUUACACCGAAAUGCUGAAGGAAUUUGGAGAAUCACGAAGCUACACCGCCUGGAUUGGAUCGCUUGUCAAUGGAUUCUUCCUACUCGGCAGCAUGGCAAGUUCGGCUCUCAUCCAGAAGUAUAGCUGUCGCGUAGCCGCCAUGUUGGGUUCCCUUGUCAUGACCGGAGGUUACCUAGCGUCGGCAUUCGCCCCAACCCUGCAAACUGUUUUCAUCACUUACGGAGUUAUAACUGCUUCUGGAAUGAACUUGGUUUUCUCUGCGGCUGUCCUGGUUUUGGCUCAAUACUUCGACAAACGCCACUGCCUCGCCACCACCAUUGCCAUGCUCGGCAACGGACUCGGCGUUCUCGUAUUGUCGCAAGUGAUGGAGCAAGUGAUCAUGGCGUAUGGCUGGCGCCUGUCUUUCAUCGUGUGUGCGGGCAUCUCGCUGCAGUUGUGCGUAGCUGGAGCCUUGUUCUGCCCACUGCCGCCCUCUGCACUGCUACAGCCUCCCUCGGCAGAAGACGCUGAGAACCCGAGGACAAGCGAUCACAGAAUUGUGUCAGAAAAUGAGUCAUCGGAGAAUGAAGAUAAUUGUGGGAAGAAAGUCGCCAAGAACGAUAGUAAGAAGAGACGGAAAGCACGUGAACGUAACUCUCAUCGUAUCUGCCACCAUCCGUACUACCGAACAGAACUCCUCGACAAGUCGUUUUCGUCACUGGUGCUGUCACCACAAGCGGGUUACUUGUCUCAUUCUCUAGCGAGCCUCGACCGCAGAUCGUCGUCUGUCAACACCUGCCGACACCACUACAAUCAUAGCGCGUCAUGCGGUCACAGAUCCAAGUCUCGUCUGGCGCGACAUCCCGACGAUGAGUUCACGCGCAACGACAGCCUUUUAUCUCGAGGUUCUUCUUUCUUGCCUGCAUUUUUCAGACGAAGUCAGUUCAGUUUCAGCAGCAAGCUGUCCUCAGCUCAAGUUUCGCUGGCUGCAAGGUCUUCACAGCACAGCAGGAUUUCUCUCAAGGAUUCCAGAUUGGAUCUAAUGUUCCAGGGCAUUAAGUCGAACCCUCACAGCUUUUCACUUCGCCUUCCCACCAGCAGCCAGCUUGAAGAAACCGAGAAGCUUUGUUCGAAACUGGACGAUCUUUUAGAAGAAGAAAAAACUAGUAGCAGCGAAGAUGGGUCAAAGGAAAAACUUCGCCACGGCGAAUCCAAUUCCUGUAGUCUUCAGCUAGCGUCUGAAAAGUGUGAGCUUAUGAACGAAAAAUGUUAUUUAGAACAACGAUCUUCUUCUAAAAUAGAAUCAGAAAAGAUGGAUGGUGUCUUGACCACGGAGUCGAUUGCUCAUAAUAAUGUACCCGACAAAGUGAACACCUCUGAAAAGAAAGCAUCGUUUCUCAUCAGCGGAGGAGACUCUGAAGACGACGAUGGUGACUAUGGGAGUGAUGAUACAGAAUCAGCCUCUUCGGAUGUUGGGUCAGUAACUGUCCGUUCAGAGACCUUGAUUGCGAGACUGAAAAAGAAUUUCCGGAGCCUGCGGACAUCCUGUACACCUUUCUGUUUUUCAACGGACGCAGUCUUCAGCAAUCCAAGCGUGUGGUGUUUCGCUUUCUCGUAUUUCUUCUGUUAUCUCGGCACCCUUACCAUCUACGUCAUCUUCACUGAUUUUGCAAGAAACGCCGGGGUAGGAAGCUUUUCAUCCACAGCAAUGAGCGCUGCAGGCAUCGGUGACAUCAUCGGUAGAUUUUGCGGUGGAAUGCUGGCCGUUGGAAAGGUCGGUAAUACCACGGUGCUCUAUGCCAUCUCUAUGCUACUAUCAGCCGGGCUGCUUGGUCUGUUCCACUUCAUCUCUAACGGCUUAGUAUUCGUGGCAACAAUGGCAUGUUACGGAAUAAUGUUCGGCGCCCAGAACAUGUACUUCGCAAUCACGCCAAAAAUUUUGUUCGGCAGGCAAAGCCUCGCACAAGUUUUCGGACUAACUGUCUUCUUAGCCGGAAUAGGAGCUCUUGUCGGAUCUCCUCUAGCUGGUCUCAUCAUCGACUUCAGCGGAGGUUAUUCAUUAGUCCUGCUGAGCGAGAUCACUUGUUGCGUUAUUGGCAGCUGCCUCAUGUUCUUCUGUUACUUGAGGAAGCGACGGGAAGAAACCUGCAACCGCAAAGAAAUUGAAAACGAUGGGCAUCCCGAUGGGAUUUCUUCAAAUCUCGAAUCUCUGAAAAUGAGAAACUCAAAACUAAACGACAAUCGUUGCCAACUUAUAACUGGUAGGUCUCGCGUCCGCAGAAAAAGUUUGCAAGUACCCCGUGGAGAUUGUGCUGCGUGCGCAUCGAGGCACCUCAACUCCGAUAUCUCAUUACAAUCAUCAGCUGCAGACGGUGCUAAGAUCCCUAACUUAGUCAGGGGAAGGAAAGUUUGCUGUUCUAGGACUCUGGUGGAUUUGAGAAGAAGCGUAACUUCGUUGCCUCCGCCACACCUUCAAACCCGCGCCUGCGCUCACUCUUUGAAGAGGACAAAUACUUACGAUGUUAUUCAUCACGGAGCGCCAAUGCAUGGCGCCACACUUUUCCACGUAACAGGAGGCGGAGGCCGUAGAUACACCAUGAGCAGCACUCAACCGUUUCACCAUAAGAAAAAGUCGCCGAGCUUAUAUGAAGAAGUCUUGGGUAAAACUUUUGAUCUCCGGCAAAACUCGUGUUUGCGUGACCAUGAACUGGGUUCGCGACCUGAGAAGGCGAGUGAAAUCGGGUAAUUGAUGAGCCAUUUUUGAUAUGACAGUCAGCAACCAUUACAAUACUUAAUUUCAUUAUCUUAUCGGCCAAACUUUGUGGAUCUGAUUCCUUUACUGAACGCACGGUUAAUUCUUUCUUCUUGACGUGAAGUAAUUUCUUUGGUUUGUAUGUUUGACAGUGAGCGCAAUAUGUUCGGAGUACAAUUGCUUAAUAACUAAGAUUAUAUGUACUACUGUAGAAUUAAAUCGUAUUUGAAUAGUAACUGGGUAGGCUACGUACUUUUUGGAGAAUUGCUGUUUGUGGUCUGAUCAUCUAUUGUUCAUCAUUUACAGCAUAGUUUUCCAUCUAUUUCUUCACCUCAGUAUAUUUAAGUAUGAAAAGUGUUGAAGUAAUAUAUUUCAACACCCUUAAUAGUUCGCUUUUACCAUGAAACUCGAAUAGAUUCAAGUAAUGAUUAUAAAAUGCAUUCCGUGAAUGUCUAUGGGGGAUUUAAUGUUAAAUUAAUGUUGUCAAUGACCGUCCCUCGUCUCCAACAUCAGCGUCUUCAAUACAUUGUCAAUUAUAAUUAUAUUGAACUAUUACGCCCAUUUCAAUUGGUGAUGUAAUCGUAUCGACUUUAUUGCUAUAAUAUGCAUUGGAUUUUUUAACUAUAAAUACAUUAUUCGAUUUCUAAAUUUCUAUAGUGAUCACUGACUAUGCUUUAGCCACAUCAUUUUAAUUUGAUGUUUCACGAUAUACUUUUUGCAUAGACUACUUGUAAGGCUCAAACUAGCUCAUAGUAAACUGUUCCACGAACAGCACAACUAAACGUACUUCGUUGA